AGAAAUCGAAACCUCCUCCGUGAUGUGUUUGAUAGGGAGUUGAAUUGUGCUGUCUUCUCUCAAAUGUAAAAUGUAUUUUAACAGAUUAUCGACUGCGGUUUUAUUAUGACACCUAACGGGUUGUAUAAGUGUUGUGAUGAGAAAAUAUAAGCCAAAGGAACUUGACAUCUUUGUUUCCUAGGUUUACAUCAAUCAGGACAUACUACAAUUAUGAAUUGUCAUCAAAUUUUAAGUGGUGCUUGCAAUGCUGGUGAUCACUGUUUUGCAGUGGGAAGCGUUGAAGGGAUUCCCUUUACUGCUUAUGCAGCAGGAUGCAACAUAGUUAUUCUUGCUAGUACAUUCGAGCGAGUACAGAUUAUUCCAGGAGCAAUCCAUAACUACGUUCGAAUCAGUUGCGUUGACUGUUCGACUGAUACCGGAAAGAUAGCUGCUGCUUAUGAAAACCAAGUGUGCAUCUUCGAGCCUACACCUCUAAUACAUAACAACAGUGCCCAUCAAUUAGAUUAUCGAUGGGUGGAAACAGGUUCAUGGGAAACCGAAUCUCAUAUUACUGCAUUAUCAUGGAAUUUAGAAGGAACGAGACUAUUGACAGGUGGAGACGUUCUUCAAUUAUGGCACCAAAACACACCAGGCCACCUUCUCGAUGAUGACAAUGAAGGAAUGACCUCAAGUGGCGUGACCUUCGAGAUUGGUGAAGAAGCAUGUAGUAGCCUCAGCGGCGAUGGGGGAAAACCCCCCGAGGAGGAGAAGGGAUGGGAAUGCGUAUGGAGCUGCAGGACUUCUUCACCCGUAAUACACAUGGCCUUCUCUCCCGAUGGAACCCUUUUCGCCACUGCUUCGCACAACGAUCGGCUGGUUAAAAUUUGGUUUGAAAAUAAGCAAUUGUUAUUUCCAUCGAAGAGUGCUGAUCAACAAUCUAUCUCUUUCGGACAUCCCUCUGCACACGAACUUAAUUAUGGAUUUGUUUACAUUUCACAUCCAAGAGCAGUGACUCAACUGUCUUGGAGAAAGACAAGCAAAUAUAUGCCAAAGGGCUCUGUAUCAAAUAUGCUGGUUACCUCAUGCCGUGACAACAUUUGUCGAAUAUGGGUCGAAACAGUAUUACCAGAUGAUGGGUUGGUUAACAUGCAGCAGUUUGAUCCAUUAGCAGCUCAGAAUCCUAAAUUCAGAACACAUAGACAUAAACAUCGUUUUAUGCAGCGACUCAAGCACAUGAAAACUUGUUUUCAUCUUAGACGAACUGCUAAAGAGGGUAGCUCGAGCGCAGGCGGCUUAGGAGGAAUCAACCCAGCCAGAAGCACGAUCCCGACUCUUCCAUCAACUUAUAGCGUUCACGAUUUCCAUUCGUACGGUUUCCACGGUACAGGAGUGAUACCAGGUCUCCAUUUUCAUUUAGCUGCUUCCAUCAAUGCCGAAACAGACAUUCCACUUGUUCCAAGUUUAAUUACUGGAGAUCCUGAAAGGGAACCUAAUUUUGUCCUUCAUUGGCUAAACAAUAAAGAAAUGCACUUCUCUCUUCAAGCAGAAAAAAUAUUACACGAAUUGACUAAAAAAGUUGUUGAGAAAGAGGAUGGCUUAUGUUUUGAUCCAAGUAACCAUGAAUCAUCCGAUCAUCAUGAUGCCGAACAAGAUGGUAAAAAGAAAAAUCACCGAGUAGCAAAAUCAGUGUCCCAGGAUGAGAGCGGAGGUAGUGACGAGCACCAUCCUGGUGGCAGCUUUCCUUCAAGUAGUCAUCAGACAUUAAGCAAUGCCACUUCAAUAAAUUCUUUAGCCACCGAUGCAGGUCCCACGUCGACGCAUUCUCCGGACUCACUCGACGUUAAAAUUGAAAAUCUCUUGCGAGAUUGGCAUCAUAGCCCAGAUCUGUUGUUUGCUAUACAUCCUAUUGAUGGGAGCUUCCUUAUCUGGUACGUAGAAAUAGAAUUGUACUUUAUCAUUUAGUUAAGAUUGAUCUAUCUUUAAGUCGAUAUGACUUCCAUAAAUAUAUUAUGAGGAAAUAUAUAUUUUAUUAUGAGAAGGAGUUGGUCAAGGUUGCGGUCAAAUAAAUACUAAAUUUUUAAGAAAUGGUAUUUUUAAUGGUUUUGCCGAUGUUUCGACCCACCUUGCAGGUCUUCAUCAGGGCUAGAAAAGAUUCAAAAUAUAAAAGGUACAUGUUGAAAAUAAAAUAAAUCAAUUAUAAGUAGAUAUUAAAUAAGAAACAUUUGUCUGAUAAAGAAAUAACAAGAUGACAUCAGAGUAUAAUGGGUGACAGUGUAGUUAAAAUAUCAAGUAUUAUAUAUAUAUAGAAGAUACAAACAAAAAUAGAAAAUAAGUAUGAAUAAAAAUAGAAAACAAAGGAUAAUAUAGUGUGUAACUUAAAACUAAACACAUUGUGAUAAAAGAUAAAAAAUGAGUGUAUAACAAACUGGUAAAGAUUGCAUUCGAUAACUGUAGGUUAACAGAUAAAGAAAAUGAGUAUUGACGAAUAAAGAAAUUUAAAAAUGAAUAAGUAAUGAUCUAGUAAAGCUAAAAUAAGAAUAAGAUAUCAGUGGAUAAGAAGCUAGUGGAGGUUACACUUGAUAAAUGUAGGUAAAUAGAUAACGAGACUAAAGGUUAAAAAAUAAAAAAAUAUAAAUUAGAAUGGCUAGAUGCAAAGUGCUCCUUGGC